AUGACCUACAUCAUCUACCAUGGCAACAGCACCGUGGGCAACUGCACGGACGUGGACCACCUGGUGAAGCGCUACUACCUGCCCGUCAUGUACAGCCUGGUGUUCAUCGUAGGGUUGCUGGGCAACGUCACGUCCCUCCUGGUGUACCUGACCAAGCUGCGUCCGUGGCGUAGCGGCAGUGUGAUCAUGGUGAACCUGGCCUGCACAGACCUGCUCUACUCCUUCAGCAUGCCCUUCUUCGUGUACUACUACACGCGCGGCGACUCCUGGACGCUGGGCACCUUCAUGUGCCGCUUCGUGCGCUUCGCCUUCCACUUCAACCUCUACGGCAGCAUCCUGUUCCUCGGCUGCCUGGCCGUGUUCCGUUACGUCGCCGUGGUGCACCCCAUGCGGGCGGCGGAGAUCCAGCGCGCGCGGUGGGGGGCGCUGGCCUGCGUGGCGGUCUGGGCGCUGGCGGCGGCUGAGAUCGCCCCCAUGUUGACCAUGAUCUCUAUGGUGGAGCACGACAACAAGACCUACUGCCUGGACUUUGCCAGCAACGACCCGGACGAGGUGUGGCUGUACGGCUGGGUGCUGACCUUCGUGGGCUACCUGCUGCCCCUGGUGGUGGUGUGCGGGAGCUACGUGCGCAUCGUCCGCGAGCUUGCCAAGGGGCCGCACACUCGCAGCCGGAGCAGGGUGAGGGCGCGGCGGCUCAUCGUAGUGGUGAUGGUGUGCUUCGUGGUCUGCUUCAUGCCCUACCACGUGCUGCGCGUGCUACGGGUAUUCACGCGCCGCAAGACGGACUCCUCCUGCCUCAUGGAGCGCUGGGUGCACGCCGCCUACAUCAUCUCGCGUCCGCUGGCGGCCCUGAACACCGUCUUCAACCUGGUGCUCUACACGCUCGCGGGCGACCGGUUCCACGAGGCCUUCCUCAGCCUCUUCAAGUGCCCAGGACUCCUCAAGUGUCUGGGCAGAGCGAAAGCAGGCAUCGCUCUGGCGACUGUUAGCAAAGCCACCUCAAACACAACAAAAGAGGCCGACACAACCAACAACAAUGUGUGAGAUGGUUAGGGAUACGUACAGUGUGUACACGUGACAUAUGGAGUGUUUCACACCUUAUAACAGCUUUGUACUAGCC